AUGUCAUCUCAGUUGCUUGAACCUUCCCAGGCCGUUGCCACUUUGGAAAGCUAUGGUCGUCCCGAUGGUCUUUCCGUCGAAGGAUUGUUGGAUGAACAACUCAGUGGUGGCUUGACUUACAAUGACUUUUUGAUUCUCCCUGGUUACAUUGAUUUCCCGGCCCACAAGGUGUCCAUGGAAUCCAAGAUUACAAAGAACAUCACCUUAAAGACCCCCUUCAUGUCUUCUCCCAUGGAUACCGUUACCGAAACGGACAUGGCCAUCACCAUGGCUCUUCUCGGUGGUAUUGGUAUUAUUCACCACAACUGCAGUGCUGAAGAACAAGCGGCUAUGGUGCGCAAGGUCAAGAAGUAUGAAAACGGUUUCAUUAUUGAUCCCAUUGUCUUGUCUCCCGAACACACCGUGGCCGAUGUGAAGAACAUCAAGGCUAAAAUGGGCUUCUGCGGCAUUCCGAUCACAGAAACUGGUAAAAUGAAGGGAAAGUUGGUCGGUAUUGUGACCGCCCGCGAUAUCCAGUUCCACCGGGAUGAUUCCUCGCUUCUCAAGGAUAUCAUGACCACUGAUUUGGUGGUGGCCAAGAAAGGCAUCACUUUGGAAGAAGCCAACGAGAUCCUUUCCUCGUCCAAGAAGGGCAAACUUCCCAUUGUCGAUGAAGAAUACCGUCUUGUCUCGUUGUUGGCUCGUUCCGAUUUGCUCAAGAACCAGAAUUUCCCGCUCGCUUCCAAGAAACCCCACUCCAAGCAGUUGUUGGUCGGUGCUGCCAUCGGUACCCGCCCCGAUGACCGUGACCGUUUGGCUCUCUUGGUCAAGGCCGGUUUGGAUGUCGUCGUUCUGGACUCGUCUCAGGGCAACUCCGUUUACCAGUUGGACAUGGUUCGCUGGAUCAAGGAAACUUAUCCCGAAUUGGACGUCAUUGCUGGCAAUGUCGUAACCCGUGAACAGGCAGCCAACCUCAUUGCGGCCGGUGCCGAUGGUCUUCGUAUUGGUAUGGGUUCAGGUUCCAUCUGUAUUACUCAGGAAGUCAUGGCUUGUGGUCGUCCUCAGGCUACAGCGGUCUACCGUGUGUCCGAAUUUGCUCGUCGUUUCGGUGUUCCCACCAUUGCUGAUGGCGGUAUCGGCAACGUUGGUCAUAUUGUCAAGGCUUUGGCUCUCGGUGCUUCGGCGGUGAUGAUGGGUGGUCUUUUGGCCGGUACCACUGAAUCCCCUGGUGAAUACUUUUAUCACGAAGGCCAGCGUCUCAAGCGUUACCGUGGUAUGGGCUCCAUUGAUGCCAUGAACAACAACGCCACCGCUGCCGGUAAUGCGGCUACCAAGCGCUACUUCUCUGAAGGCGAUGCCGUCAAGGUCGCUCAAGGUGUGGUUGGCAACGUCAUCGAUAAGGGUUCAUUGAGAAUCUUUGUUCCCUACCUUACUACUGGUUUGCAACAUUCCCUCCAAGAUAUCGGUUGCCAGAGCAUCCGCGAAUUCCACGACGCCGUUGCUGAAGGCCGUGUUCGCUUCGAAAAGAGAACCGCCGCUGCUCAGUUGGAAGGUGGUGUCCACGGUUUGCAUUCCUUUGAAAAGAAACUUUUUGCAUAA